GUCAGCGCUUCCUUUCAGUUGUCAACAAAGACUGUGAAGGGGCAGUGAGCUGAGCUAGCCGACACUACACAGCAGUAAAUAGUGUAGAAGACAGCCGGUAAACAAUUUGCUGAACACAUAUUUGCAGUCUGUUGUGUCGCCCUCAGCUCUGUUUAGGUAUGACUAAGAUUUGAAAUCCGAUGUGAACUGAGUGACACCCUUGUCAUCACUCCCCAGUACAUCCAUGUGUAUAAUUUUCUUCAAGUUUGACCCCCGGCCUGCAUCCAAAAAUGCCUACAGGCUAAUUUUGGCUGCAAACAGAGAUGAGUUAUACAACAGGCCAUCCAAAGCUGCAGACUUCUGGGGGACCAACAGUGACAUCCUCAGCGGCCUAGACCUGGAAUAUGGAAAGGAAGGUGGGUCAUGGCUGGGAAUCAGCAGGAGAGGCAAGCUGGCAGCUAUCACCAACUACAUGGAAGGACGACCUAACCCUGAUGCACAAGGACGAGGAUUUUUAGUGUCUAACUACCUUAUGGAUAAGGAUAUCGACAGCUACUCCUACCUGAAGAAGGUGUCGACAGAAGGCCAUCUGUACAACGGCUUCAAUCUCAUCACAGCAGAGUUCAAAGCCAAACAAGACAUUGUGUGUUACUAUGGAAACAGAGGCAGCCCUGAACCCAUCCGUCUAAAUCCAGCAGGAAUCUAUGGCCUCAGUAAUUCUCUGCUGGAUACUCCAUGGAGGAAACUUCUGCAAGGCAAGCGUCAUUUCUCCAGCGUUGUCAGUGACCAGUCCCUGUCCAGUGAUGGACUGGUGCAAGAGCUGCUCAACGUCCUUAAUAAUGAGGAACUGAACACACCGGAUCCUAUUCAGGAGACCCAGGGUGAUGGCUACACCACACACAUACUCCAGGCUCUGUCAGCCGUAUGUGUUCGCUCCCCUCAUUAUGGCACAAGGACCAAUACAAUAAUCCUGAUCGAUGCAGCAGGGAAUGUGACCUUCACAGAGCGCACCAUGCUCGACUGUGACCCAAGCAAAUGGAGCACCAGUUCUUUCCAGUUCGAACUGCAGGAGUGAAGACAUGAUGGAGGAAACCCACUCUGUGCCUUUCUGCAUCACUCACCCCCCUCUCUUCCUCCAGCUGCUCUUUGCCAUAGCAGCAGCUAUCUGAACAUGAAGAAUCAUCUGCACUUUUUCAUCUGCUAGUCACUAACUGCCUCAUCAGCAUCAGUAAAAUGUAUUUCUUAUUCUUGAUUUAAGUUAAAAUACAUCUUUUGAAAAGCUGAGCUAAUUUAAAAUAUUGCCAAAGGACAUUUAUAAUUUUGUAGAGAAAAACAGUUUACCUACAUGCGACAAAACAGUAGGGUUGGAUGACUUCAAAAUGUCAAAACUAUUGCUUUGCUUUACUAUGAUUGCUGGUAAGUACACAAAUAUUGUAAUGCAAUCUAAUUUAUUCUUGCUGGAGUCAAAUUUGUACAUUGAAAUCAGUGAAAUUCAGUGAAUAUACACAUCACAUCCCAGAUUGCAGGGGGAAAUAGCAUCUUUGAGAAUUCAUAAAGUCAUCAAUAUUUUUUAUAGGAAGUAUGUAAUCUGAUUUAAACUCGCAGUAAUCGCCAUAUACAAAGGUUACUUAUUACUUUUUAAGUUUCUGAGCACUAUAAUGGUGGUACUGGUUUUUAAGUAGUUAUAUUCCAACCCUGCACAAUGUUUGUCUCAAUGUUUUCUGCAACAAAUAUUGGAGUCUUGAAUAAAAAUAGUUUGAGGCACUGGA